CCAAGCUCAUUUAUCCUUCAUAUACACACCUAUACGACAAAUCUCCUGAAUGAACACAAAAACAUCGUCAUGAUUCUUGUGAUGCUUCUUUUAAAAUUAGGACACCAAGCCGCUGUAACAAGUCUGAGCACCGGGACCCAGCGUGAGAUUAAAAAUGCAAAACUUGAAGAGCCGCUUACUUUAAAGUGCACUUACAAUUGUUCCAGUGGCUUCACUCGUGGUCACUGGAAAUGGGAAGAUACACCUGCAUGUAACAAGUGUGAAUGGAGACCUGAAUAUUCCAAAUCAGGAGAGAUGUGCAUUGCAAGUUUGUACACACCUCAUCUAAUGUUGCAGCAAACCCGUUAUAACUAUUCCUGUGUGUCUGAAGAGAGCGAUCGGCCAGGCCUUCCUCGUAAAACAGAGCUUCUGGUAACAUUGAAUGUUCCAGAUGAAUCCCAUAAACCAGUAACUCCUCUUAAAGAACAUGGUCCAUCUCUGAGAGUGAAGAUGUACAGAGGUCACAUGGAGUCGGACGAGGUGUUAACCUCAUUAUCCACCAUAGAAGUGAUGGCUGGAACCUCACUUAGACUUCUUUGUGUUGCCCCUGACAACAAACACUGUGAAGGACAGUGGGUCAAGGGAAACAGUUCAAUCCCUUUGUCCAAAAAUGACACUGUGGUCCAGUGGAGUCAAAUCAAAGCGGAGGAUGGUGGACGUUACAGGUGCCAGACAAAAGGGACUUGCACUGGCAAGCCUAUAACUGUGGAAAUAGAGGUCAUCGAAUCUGAUAGAUUCACCUGGGCCAAGGUCUUUGCUGCUUUUGCGGUGUCUGCAAUGUUUGUUCUGAUGGCCCAUCUGAUAUAUCUGUGCUACAGAAGAGGGUGUAAGCCAGUGGACACAAGCUUAACCCAUGACAGGGCUACAUCCAGAAACGCUGUUGUUAUGAGGCCAGUCACUCAAGACACACAGAGUGAUCAUGAAGUACCUUAUGCUGACAUUGUGAUCUCUGUGAGAGGAUCCAGCCAUCCUGAUCUGUCCGACACCAAUGACCAUUCUUCAAAACUCCAAAGACCUAAAUGGAAAGACGAGGCCAGAGCAGGUCUACCUUACGCUUCAUCUGACAGACUGCACAUCCACUCUAGAGAGGUCACCAGGAAAUUAAGCACAACGUCAGAAUAUGCUGUAAUUACCUACUCCUGCGAGGCUCUCAGUUAGUUACUUCAAAUAACCAUGUGACUUUUAGAAAAUAAAGUGUUGGCAAGAUCCUGAAAUUCUGUCAUCUUUAAUUAAAACGUUGUGUACAUGUGUAAACGAGUGUGUGUCUUGAAUAAUUAUUUUAACAUUUAGUUCUUAUCUAAAACAACCUAUGCCUAGUAAUCACUUUGGAUAAAUGUGUCUUCUUAAUACAUAUGUAAUGUAAAUGUGCUUGUCAGUUGCAUGGACCCCUGCAUGACAUUAAACUUUUACCUUAGUUUUAUUUUUAUUGUUUUCAUUAAAAAUGUAUAAACUGCGUGCAUACAUUUGUAAAUAUUUGUUUAUAUUUUACUGAUAACGAUGAAAAGCUGU